GGGCGGGGGUGCACGCAUUCCCGCAUUGGCUGUGUGCAACCAACUCCGGGGGCUUCGAGGGACUCCACGGUCCGGACAUGGGGCUCAUUUUUCUGUCACCGUUCGCGUAAGCGGGACUCCGGCUGGUGAAAAAGCGAUGGAAACGCGCCGUUGAAGCGGGAUAAAGUUGCGUUCUCCUUUUGCUCUCCAUCCGAGUGCGUCUCGCCAGAAAGUCGGAAGGGAAGAAGAAGGAGAAGGAGAAGGAGAAGGGGGAAGGAGGCUUUACUGCAAACGGUCGCAGUCCACUUUUUGGAACCCCCGAGCUCUUCCGAGGACUCCCGGGGUCCAAGAAGACCUCCACGCUGAAUGUCCCUGCGUUGACCUGAGGUCCAGGCUGUACGGGGCGCAGUAGGUCUCUGAGCUCCAAUGCCAGUGGACAUGCAGCCACACCAGGGGCUGUACCACUACGAGACCUCACCCAGCCAUCCCUCCAGAGGCCUCGUCCCAUCAGACCAGUCUCCAUACACCGAUGUGUCCUCGCUGCGCGCCCCCCUCCUCAACGGCCAUCCCCAGGACUGCCGCGCCAUGUAUAAUCCCAUGACUCCCAGCAUGGCUCAUGGAUCAGGACAGGGGAUUGGCAACUGCAUGGAUCAAUAUAUGAGGCCCCCUCAGGCGCCACCGCCACACAGCAUGAUGGGCCACAGAGGCAUGCCGCCCACAGACGGUGGCAACAGCACUGCCUACUGUAACCAGAACAACAUGAUGUCCUCUCAUCACAACUUCUGCCAGUUCCAGUCCUCCUCUGAUCAGAUUGGCUCAGGUGAUGGCUCCAGGUUCUCCACACCUCGCUCCAUCCUGAAGCUGAGUAAAAAGAGGGCCCUGUCCAUCUCUCCUCUGUCUGAUGCCAGCGUGGACCUGCAGACCGUGAUCCGAACAUCACCCAACUCCCUCGUGGCCUUCGUCAACUCUCGCUGCAACCCAAACGGUGCCAGUUCCUACGGACACCUCUCCGUGAGCGCCAUGAGCCCGUCCCUCGGCUAUUCCAGCAAUAUAAACUGCCAAUCCAGGCAACAAGUGUCCAUGUAUGGAGGAGGCGGGGGGACACCUCUUGGAGGACACUCAACAGGUCCUUGCCAAGCGUCCCGCUUACCGCCCCACAAUCCUCGGCUCCACGCUCCGCCCAAGCAUGGACAUCUAAAGACGGAGCCGGGGCUGGGAGGUGUGAUGGACGGCAUGAACGUAAAGAGCCUGGAGGAGCGGUCGGAGGGCGAUGUGGCCAGUCCUUCCUCCACUGGCACUCAGGACCCUCUGCUGGGUCUACUGGACGGCAGAGAUGACUUGGACAAGGAGGACGGGAAGCCCGAACCAGAGGCCAUCUAUGAAACCAAUUGUCACUGGGAGAGCUGCAACAAAGAAUUUGACACGCAAGACCAGCUAGUUCAUCACAUCAACAAUGAGCACAUCCAUGGAGAGAAGAAGGAGUUUGUGUGUCACUGGCAGGAAUGCUCUCGAGAACAAAGGCCUUUCAAAGCCCAGUACAUGCUGGUGGUUCAUAUGCGCAGACACACGGGAGAGAAGCCACAUAAGUGCACUUUCGAAGGCUGUAACAAGGCCUACUCUCGCCUGGAGAAUUUGAAAACCCACCUGCGCUCUCACACAGGAGAGAAACCCUACGUGUGUGAACACGAAGGCUGCAACAAGGCCUUCUCCAAUGCUUCAGACCGGGCCAAGCACCAGAACCGAACUCACUCCAAUGAGAAACCGUAUGUAUGCAAGAUUCCCGGCUGCACAAAGCGCUACACAGAUCCAAGCUCUCUGCGUAAACACGUGAAAACGGUACAUGGCCCUGAAGCCCACAUCACCAAGAAGCAUCGUGGGGACACAGGACCUCGACCCCCUGGUUCAGCGAUGACCCCUGGAGGCCAGAGCUCUGAGCUACUGCUGGAGAAGGAGGAGACACGCAGAGAGGACUGCAAGCUGUUGGCUCCUGAGACUACUCUGAAAUCCCAGCCAAGCCCUGGCGGUCAAUCAUCUUGCAGUAGCGAACGUUCUCCACUGGGGAGCGCCAACAACAAUGACAGCGGGGUUGAGAUGAACCUGAACGCAGCUGGCAGUCUGGAGGAUCUCACCGCACUGGAGGAUGGAGUUGCCGGUGGAGGGGAGCCAGUAGGUGUCGGAACAAUGGGGAUGUCCUCUCAGGCUUUGAAGAGGCUGGAGAACCUGAAGAUCGACAAGCUGAAGCAAAUCCGCAGACCGACCCCUCCCGGCCGCUGUUCCAACAACAGGCUGCCUGCACUUCCUGGUCCGGGAGAGAACAUGGGAAUGUGUGCACCAUCUCCCCUGCUCUCGAAUCGCCGCGUUAUGGAGCUGUCCAAUCACGAGUUAGGGGGCGGCGCGCCGAUUGGCUGCUCUUCUAAUGACAGGAGAGGCAGCGGCACCAGCAGUCUAAGCUCUGCUUACACCGUCAGCCGCCGGUCCUCCAUGGUGUCUCCGCACUUGUCCAGCCGGCGCUCCAGUGAGGUCUCCCAAAUGGGAGGAACGGGAGGCGGCGGAUGCCACCACCUCAGUGCAGAGAAGAGCGUGGGCGACCCCCUGUCUCCGGAGACCAAUCGCAGAGGUGCUCCCUGUCCCGGGGGAGGACUGCCGGGGCUUCCUAAUUUAACACCAGCCCAGCAAUACAGCCUAAAGGCCAAAUAUGCUGCGGCAACCGGCGGACCACCACCUACUCCUUUACCCAACAUGGAGCAGCCAGGCACUCCAGCUAGAAGAGGUGUUUUGAGUGAGUACCAGGGGCAGCCUCUGCCCCCCUUCCUUCAAAAAGGUGGCCCGCGUAGGCACAGUGCCAACACAGAGUACGGCACCGGUGUCAUCUACCCCCACCAGGCUCCAGGUAACCACAGCCGGCGAGCCAGCGACCCGGUUCGAUCGGUAGCAGAUCCACAGGCUCUCCCCAAGCGCUUCAACAGCCUGAACAACGUGGCCAUGAUGGGCAGAAGGAAUGCGCUGCACCGCGGCUCUGACACAAGUCUCGCCCGCCACCUGUACUCCCCUCGGCCACCUAGCAUUACAGAGAAUGUAAUGAUGGAGGCCAUGGGCAUGGAGCCCCACCUGGCCCCUAUUGAUGCCAGGGACCGGUCCAUGAUGAUGCCCCCUGGGGAGAGGAGCUUCAUGGGGUACCAGCAGCAACAUCAAAGUCUUGGGGGAGUUGGGGGUCCUCUUGGAAACCAGCUGUCCCCAAGCCAUGACUCUCUGAGCUGCCCAGACCAGGUGUACAUGCAGGGGCCGUACCAGAACCAGGGAGGGGAAGUAACUUCCAGGGCUGGUGGGAAUCCAAUGGGACAAGUACGGCCUAUUCACUCGGAGGGCAUAUCUAAUGCGCUUCUGCAGCAGGCCGAGUACAGUAUGAGCACCUGCCAACUCAGUCCCUCAGGCCCCCAUUACCCCAGCAUAGGCCAGGGUGGAGAUGCUGGAGGCCCUUGGAGCGAUUCCCACGGCCAAAUCCAAACUUCCAACCAUGCUCUCCAGAACCAGCGAGGGCUGCAGUAUUCGGAUCCCAGCCUGCAGCCUCAACAGACGCAGGCCCACUUCAACAAUCAGACAGGCCUCUACAGCAGUCCCGAUGGAACCCACAAACUCACCAUCAAGCCGGAGCAGCAGUUCCACCCGGGGAUGGGAGGAGGAAAUGCCUGUCAGAGUGCAAAGCUGCAGCAGCAGCAGCGAAUGCUCGUCCAGCAACCUCAGGGUUACCCACAACAAACAGGCCAGGUCCUGAUGGGGAACUCUAACAAUCCCAGCUGUGACUUUCAAGGGCAGAACCAGAACUCCUUCCCCGCCGCGGGGGGCUUGAGCUUGGGGUGCGCUGGCACCGCUCUCGCCGACGGGCAGAGGUCAGAAACCCCGAUGAUGCAGGUGAAGGAGAUGAUGGUGAGAAACUAUGUACAAUCACAGCAAGCACUCAUGUGGGAGCAGCAACAAGAACAGCAACAGCAGAGUGGAAUAAAACCGCCUCCCCUAUCUGAUAAUAUGGAUAUGAGUGGCCAGACAGCAAUAAUGCAGCACAGUCCACAACAUCAAAACCAGACCCUUUACUCAAGCCAGCCUUACCCGUCCUACCCCAACCAGAACCUGGCCAUGAGCCCUCCAGGCCACAGCAGAGGGCCCGGCUCCGUGACGCCCAAAGACCAGCAGCUGGCGGGUCUCCAGGUCUCGUGUUACGGCCAGGAGAUGGUGGUCCCCCGGCCCCCUCAGGGGCGCAAGCCUCUCAGCCGCCAGAACAGCCUGUCGCAGGUAGGAGUAGGCUACCUCGGUAGCCCGCCCCACCUCAGCCCCGUCCACUCCGCUUCCAGCCCCAGACGAGUGGUCCGACUUCCUCCGGUGCAGCAUCCACAGCACCAGCAGAAUGAAAUGUUCUCUCCUUCCAAUAACAACAUGUACUAUUCAGGUCAGAUAAGCAUGGAUAUGGACAAACACAUGGACCCCCAGAUUGGAACUUGCCUCAACCAGCCGCACACUAUGAGGUCCAACCUGGACCCGACAGGUGGCACAAAGACUUCCCCCAUGACUCCCUAUCCUGAAUCUGGCCCCAUCUCCAAUGCCUUAGAACACCUGGACCUGGAUAAUGCUCGCAUAGACUUCACCUCGAUCAUCGAUGAUGCCGAGUCCUCCUCAUUUAGCCCAAUCAACAAUCCCCUCCACGGUCUGCCGGGGUCUUCCUCCCAGGCCUCAUCCCGCCUCACCACCCCCCAGACUUCUGGUCUGUCCAACAUGGCUGUAGGCGACAUGACGUCCAUGCUCACCUCGCUGGCUGGGGAGAAUAAAUACCUGAACACGCUGUCUUAGAGGAGGACUUUGGGACAUUUUUCCCACAUUAGCAAUCGAGUUCUUGAUAUUUUAAUUGAGGUCCCACCUGGAGAUGUAUGAAACACAGUAUUCAGGCAUAACUUGCAUUGGGUUUAGAACAUUAAAAAGCUGUUGCUUACGGGAUACUUCAAGAAUGUUAGGUUUAGGUUAAACUGACGACAUAUCAUAUAAUGGGUAUAAUUAGCCCUUAUUUGAGCCAGAAUUCCUAAACUCGUAAGACGACUGUUUUCCAGUCGCUACCAGGAAUAAAUGAUAUGUUGGAAUGCAUUUUGGUUGCAAGUUGAGACAAGAGUCAAAAUUGUAAUAAUGCCCUAACCCGAAACCUUAAAACCAAAGGUGCCUGAUCAACCUCCCUCGCUGUAUUGUUCCUUCGCUGCCUUGGUACUUUCUCUGUGCCUUUCUGUAAGACACAGAGCUAUAUGCCUGAUAUGAAACUGACACUGAACUUUUUCUAACCAGGCAUUCCAGUCACAUGGUGCUGGUUGCAACAGUGGAGCACAGAAGGAUGCAUGUAAAUAACCUUUAUAUACAUUUAUAUAUUUUGUGUAUACGACAAUGAGACAGUGGAUAAAUUGUCCCCCGUCUUGUGACAAACUGCUUGUAUUCUAAUGGCCCAAUAUUCAGACGGGAGUCCGUACGGUGUUUGUUUAAAGAGCUGAGCUAAGAUAUUAAGUUGUGCUUGUAGUGAUUGAGAAAUCAUUUUCUGGGUGCUACUAAAUAUCAAUCUGAAUUGCAAGGGGAUUCCUUCCUUGUCAUGAGCAACACAAUCUUUUAUAGUGGCAUAUCAGUAUUCCCACAGCUGCAGAAAUGCAGUCACACACACACGCACACACACACACACACACACACACAGAGUCCACACACAGACACUCAGGACUUGUUGGUGUUUGAAUCGUUGGUGUUCAGAUUAAAUGCAUUUUGUAUUUGCCUUUCUAGACAGAGAGUUUGCACUCCACAUGUUUACUGUAGGUGUUCUUGAAGCAGCUGUGUACUUGUGUUUUUUUUCCAGUGGUGUUUAUAUCUGCAAAACAAAGUUCCUUGCUCUGGCGAAAGGUACACUCACAGGGGAUCAAAGAGUAAAGCUCAAUCAUAAUAUGUGUGCAACAGGACCCACUACGUUGCAGUAUGUCCGUCUGAUAUAUUAAUGACUCAGAUGAGGACCGCAGCUAUUUUGAAUGAAACCCGAGUCAGCUGGUUUGUGUCUAUUAACAGAUCUGUAAUGGUUGCCUAUGUUUGAGAAACGUUCAAUGCUGCUGCACUUCGGCUCUAAUCCCAAAGAAGAGUUAUUGGGGAAUUUCUGCAUCACCAGUUCGGUAUAGAGGAUCGAGAAGCAGGAGUUUUUUUCAAUCGCUGCCACCAUAGUAAAAUACAUAUUGUCAGUGGGUAUAAUGAGGUACUUUUCUGCAACUUUUGAGCUGUUUCACAUAGACGAAGACUGCAGCUCUUGGCGAGAGAAUGGAUUUUACACUGUGGCUUUGCACUGACUCCAGCACUGUGUGGACAGAUUUCUGAUGACUAUUCACAUGAACCUCAUUUUGAUAGCGAGAAAUAAUUAUCCCAGUAUUUUUUUAAUAGUAAUUCAAGAACACGUCCGAGGUCAGCCAGAGGUAUUAAAGCCACAUCAUUGUAUUGCGGGAGCAUUUCACAGGAUUUUUCAGAAGAAAAUAGUAGCGGGAAUAAACAUUUCUUCAUUUUUGGAAAAAGUGUACAACCUACCAAAGACACCUUAAAAGGACUGAGAAAAAGAUGCACAAAUAGUCUAUUUUAACACAACACUAACACUAGCAUUAAGGGCAUGAACAUUGGAUGGUAGUGCUGUUCCUUAGAAUGUAUGAGAUGUUUUGUAUAAAAUUCUUUUUAUAUUAAUGAACUUUAUGGAUGUUGCCUUCUAUGUGUGCGUUUAUUUUUUUGUUUUGUUUUUUAUAACUGUCAUCCUUCAUUCUGACUUUUUUGCUGGCAAAAGAAUAAUACCUUUAGCACCUAAACGCUAUAAUAGUAGAGCUAACUACAAUAGACAAAAGCCAACUGUUAUAUUUUGUGUACAAUUUUCUACAUUUUUAUACAAAUGUGCUAUAUUUUACCAGUUUAUGAAUAAAGAUGUUCAGCGGGCCGGAUGCA